AUGAGGCGCUGUUGCUCUUGCCUGCAUGCCUUAGUGGUAUCAAGAGUCAAAGACAUUGGGAUCCCCUGGAUUUUUUUCCUUGUCUUGAUCAUCCUAUCCCUCAUCAAUCCCUUGAGGUUUCCUUGCAUCUUUUAUGAUUACAUCCUUGAAGAGGAUAUCCCUUUCCAGCUGGAAUCUGCAUACUAUGAUGCCCGGAAGAGCCCCAGUUCCAAGAUGUGCCAAGCUCCUUCCACCAAGAUUCAUAAAUCCAUACAGGAUCUCAAUCAUUCCAUCACAGAGGCUGAUCUUGAAGAAGACAUGAAGAGGUUAUUUGUGAGUCCUGGUGGAAUAGGGAAGCCUCAACAUUGCAAAUCUCAUUUUGAUGUUGCAAUCAUCGUCCCGUAUCGCAAUCGUUCCGAACAACUCACAUUGUUUUCCUAUUAUAUUCAUAGAUUGUUAGUCACUCAGGAAAUAGAGCAUCACCUUUUUGUGGUGGAACAAGCCAAUGAACAGCCCUUCAAUAGGGCGAAACUUUUGAAUGUUGGGUUCCAGGAAGCCAGCAAAUUGAAGGAUUUCCAUUGCUUCAUAUUCCACGAUGUGGAUCUCAUUCCAUUGAAUGAGGGCAACAUCUACGCAUGCACGCGCCGCCCGCGGCAUAUGUCUGUUUGCAUUGACUCUAUGAGGUACACACUUCCAUACUGUCGCAUUGUUGGGGGUGCAGUGGCCAUCACGAAAAGACAGUUCCUCAAAAUCAACGGGUUCUCAAACAUCUAUCAAGGAUGGGGAGGAGAAGAUGAUGACUUUUAUCGUCGUCUCACAGAGAUUGGAAAAUUUGAUGUCAUCAGGUACGAUCCUGUGGUGUCGCAGUAUGCCAUGCUUUAUCACCCAAGAGAGGAGAAAGGUGAAAAUCGUUUCCAGUUCACUAAACCAAAGGAUGACGGCCUGAAGACAUUGGAAUAUGAUGUGCUGGAUAUUUCUUUAAAUCCUGCCUACACUAAAAUCAAAGUGCAAAUCUGA